AUGGAAGAAGUUAAGCCUGUGAAUUUCAUUACUGUUCUUAGCAUUGAUGGCGGAGGAGUAAGAGGAAUCAUUCCUGGUGUUAUUCUUGCCUAUCUUGAAUCUCAACUUCAGGAGAUAGAUGGUGCUGAUGCAAGACUUGCAGAUUAUUUUGAUGUAAUUGCUGGAACAAGUACUGGUGGUCUCAUUACAGCCAUGUUAGCAACUCCAGAUCCAGAGAGCAACAACCGUCCAUUAUUUGCUGCCAGACAAAUUGUUCCAUUUUACCUUAAAAACUUGCCACUUAUUUUUCCGCAGAAAAGUGGAAUAUUUGCACCGCUGAUGAACAUGGCAAAAGUUUUAAUGGGACCCAAAUAUAACGGAGAGUAUCUCCACAAGACAAUAAGAGAGAUGACAGGGAAUACACUUUUGAGCCAAACUGUUACAAACAUUGUUAUUCCAUCUUUUGAUGUUGAAAAAUUUCAACCUACUAUUUUUUCCUCCUAUCAGAUUGAUGCUGAGCCAGCUUUAGAUGUAAAACUCUCAGAUAUCUGCAUAGCUACAUCAGCUGCUCCAACAUUUUUACCAGCUCAUUAUUUUGAGAAAAAAGAUGAACAAGGGAGAGUCAUUCAAGAAUACAACCUCAUUGAUGGCAGCGUUUGUGCUAACAAUCCGACUUUGGUUGCAAUAAGAGAAGUGACAAAGGAUAUGAUAAGGCAGCCAAAAGGGAGAAGUGUCAAUGAUGCUGGUGUAGGGCUUGAUCGUUUUCUUGUGAUAUCAAUAGGAACAGGAUCAAACAAGAAGGAGAAAAAGUACAAUGCUAAAAUGGUAGCAAAAUGGGGUGCAUUGACAUGGUUAUUCAACUCUGGUGCAACUCCAGUUAUUGAUUGUUUCAAUGAAGCAAGCACCGAUAUGGUUGAUUAUCACAACUCUGUCCUUUUUACUGCUCUUCAAUCACAAGACAACUACCUCAGAAUUCAAGAUGAUACAUUAGAGGGAGAAUUAGAUUCUGUGGACUUAUCUACUACAGAUAAUCUGAAUAAUCUGGUAAAAGUUGGUGAGAAUUUAUUGAAGAAAAAAUUUACUCGUGUGAAUCUAGAUUCUGGGGUAUUUGAAACAGUUCCUGAUAAAGGUACCAUUCAGAAAGAACUUAAAAGGUUUGCUAAUUUACUGUCGGAGAUAAGAAAACAGAAAAAGUCUAAGCAUCAAAAUGGCAAGUGA